GAUCGUUCGCAUUGCCGAUGCGAAGCGAGAGGGGAGAGAGAGAGAGAGAGAGAGAGAAAGAACGAAUGAGAGAUAGAGAGUGAAAGAAAGAGAGAGAGAAAAGAGUGUGUUCGAGUGUGCAUAUGCGCGAAGGGAGCGGAAAAGAAGCAUCAAAAUAAUACGAGGAAAAGGCGUAUUGAGGGAGAAAGAGAGAAAGAAAGAAACAGGGAGGUGAAAGAGGAAGAGUGAACUAUGUUACAAGUCGUCGUCGUGCCGCUCGGUCUCGCCUGAACAAAGGAAGAUUCUUCUCCCUCGGCUCGCCGCGUCGAGGGUCGUUUCCGAUCGACGAACCGUCGGGAUCCUUCCUCGGGUAUCUUCGGUGCGGUUCGUGCGCCUCGAGCGCACACGAAGCGGUCAGUCACGUAGCAGCGGCCGAGGCGUGAGGAACAAAGGACGGUGGCAGGAUCCGUGUGAGAGAGAGAGAGAGAGAGAGACGGAAAAAACUGUGAGGGAAAUAACGUUCUUUUUUUUUUUACGAGCGAUCGUGCACGACAAUAUUGUUGAUAUUUACAAUCAGAGUAAACACAAUCUAUAUCGGGAAUUAUCAAAUCGGGACUCUUUCCUCCGGUCAAACAACGCGAAUCGCAUACCGGUAUAUUUCGAAAGAAGAGACGCGCCUCGAGUUUUGCGACAGGAAGAGAGUGAGAGAGAAAGACUUGCGACGCGUCUCGUCUCGUUCGAGUUCGUCGAAUUGUACAUUGUUUUGCUUUUUUUUAUACUUUUCUAUCCUGACGAUUUUUCUCCCAGUGCGACGAACCCAGAUUAAGAGAGAAAAAAAAACAAAAAAGGAAAAAGCAGUAACGUACCUGCCUGUCGAAUAUCCUCCGUAUCAAAGGAACGUGAUUUGUGAGUGAAAGAAAGAGAAAGAAAAAGAGCUAAAACCCGAAUUUUUUGGCGGUAUAUGUGUCUGCAUCUGGCUUGCCUACCUGUGUGACGAACCGGCGACCUAACCUAACGACAACGACGGUCGGAGAAGUGCGCGCGAGAAGAAUCGGAGGAAGAAUCUCGUUGUGUAAAAGAGGAAAGGGGCGGGAGGGAGGGGGGGAGAAGGUGGCGAAAGGACCGAAAGUGAAAAGGUAAUCGGCCUUCCUUCGGAUUCUCUCCGCCGUUCGUUUAACGACGUCGUUGGUUUUCGUGUGACAUGUGCCACAGAGUGUACUACGAUUGAAAGAGAGGACUCCAAUAGAGGAAGCGCAAUACCUUAUUCGGCAGCACACGGAUUAUCCUCGUAUUUACGGUGAGUAUUGUAAUGUCCCCGCAGAGUACCGUGAAAAAGUCAUAAAUUUUGCAAGUACCCGCGCCACGAGAUUACGAGCAUUAUAUCUUCAGGGGAUGCCGGUUGACUGAAGAUGGCCUCGCCGACACCCUCGCUGGAAUCGCGCGCGAAUUCCCUCGGGUCCCCGGUCUCGCUAUCCCCGGUAACAGUGAGCGGCAGUUCGCCGCCUGCUAGCGACUCGGCGAUCUGCGACGUCGACAGCUGCGAUUUGUGCCUGGACGCGCCGAAGUCGGGCGAGGAUCCGUGCCCGCGCUGCCGGCUGGGUAGCACCGGUCGCACCCGCUGCACCGGCUGCAAGUCCAGUUCGGCCGACGCUGUGGCGCGUUGCUACAACUGCGAUCAGUUUCUCUGUCCGAAUUGCGUAAUGGCGCAUCAGUUUAUGCUUUGUUUCGAGGGUCAUCGGGUGCUGAACCUGACCGACUCCAAGUUGGAGACCGUCGUCGUCGGCGGCGGCGGCGGCGGCGGCGGCGGCAAUGGCAGCGGCGGCGGUAAUGGCGGCGGCGUUGGCACGAUUACCGCCACAACGGAACUACCCAAGACCACCUGCAACGGUAGCAACGGUGGAAGCGGCGGAGGUAACAACCUGGUGAUCAACGGUAGUAGCGGUAACGGCAACAACAGCGAAAAGGUGCACUUUUGCACGCGACACAAGCAGGAGAUAAUCAAGUAUUUCUGUCGGAGCUGCAACGUGCCGAUAUGUAAGGAGUGCACGCUGACGGAGCACGUAGCGCCGCUACACGACUGCGCCCACGUCUCGGACGUGGGUGCUCAGCAGAUCGAGGCAUUGAUGCGGAACAUUCAGGAGUGCCGCGCGAAAGCGGCGGAUGCCCGUGCGGCCGUCAAGGCGGCGGAGCACAGCGCCGCGGUGCUACAGGUGCAGUAUCACAAGGCGCAGAACGAGAUCAACGAUACAUUUCAGUUCUAUCGAUCGAUGCUGGACGAGCGGAAGCAAGAGUUGUUGAAGGAACUCGACUCGGUGUUCUCAACGAAACAGAUCUCCCUCAAUGUGCUCGGGCAACGCGCCAACGAGAUAGCGGAAAAGAUUAUACAUGCCUGCGACUUCGUCGAGCGCGUCACCAAGGUUACCACCAUUACCGAUUUCCUCAUAAUCAAGAAGGUCUUCGAAUCCAAACUACAGACGCUGCUCAAUUGCACGCCAAAUACGGACAUAGCGAAUCAGACCGCGGACCUCGAGUUUGUCAGCAAUUACCAGGCGAUACAAGUAGGCGUGAGAAAUACUUUUGGUUACGUGCGAAGUAGUAGUAGUAGCGAGAACAGCGCCGGCUCGAUCGGCAAGCAGCCACCGAUCGCACGACCUACCGCCUUGUCGAGCAACGGCAUCGGCAGCAGUGGCAGCAACAUCAGCAACGGACCAGGAAACGGAGCAGGUUCCUUAGGCGGUCUUCUCCUGGACCGUACUUACAGUAAUGGCCUGAUCUCUUCCAAUAUGAAUUGCGGCUCGUCUUCGUCACCUUCCUCGAUUGACACCAUCAGCACCGUGAUCUCGAAACGUUUCAGCUCGGCCAACAGCCUGGGCCCAUUCUCCACGACGAUCAGUGAUGUUAAUCUGAACGGCAUGAAUGCCAAUCCGUAUGAAAAGUGGAGCAACGGCGGUAGCGACGCUUAUCCAGUCGUAACGACGAACGACCAUUUCGCGAUGCCGUCGGCGGUAGCUGUGGCGGCAAAUAACGCGCCCGGCGAUUCCGUCCUCGAUUUGACAUCCAAGUUGAUGUCCGCUACCGCCAUAUUUCCACCCAAGUCGCAGAUCAAGCGGCAGAAAAUGAUCUACCACUGCAAGUUCGGCGAGUUCGGCGUAAUGGAGGGACAGUUUACGGAACCAUCGGGCGUUGCGGUGAAUGCACAGAAUGACAUCAUUGUUGCCGACACGAACAAUCACCGCAUUCAGAUCUUUGACAAGGAGGGCAGAUUUAAAUUUCAGUUUGGCGAGUGCGGUAAACGCGACGGCCAACUGCUUUAUCCGAAUCGGGUCGCCGUCGUGAAGACGUCUGGUGACAUUAUCGUCACGGAGCGUUCGCCAACACAUCAGAUACAGAUUUACAAUCAGUAUGGUCAGUUUGUACGCAAAUUUGGCGCGAACAUCCUCCAACAUCCGCGUGGCGUCACCGUCGACUCGAAGGGGCGUAUUGUCGUAGUGGAGUGCAAGGUAAUGCGUGUCAUUAUCUUUGAUCAGACUGGCAACGUUCUGCAAAAGUUUGGCUGUUCGAAGCAUCUCGAAUUCCCGAAUGGCGUGGUGGUGAAUGACAAACAGGAGAUCUUCAUCAGCGACAAUCGCGCCCACUGCGUCAAGGUUUUCAAUUACGAGGGUGCUUAUCUACGACAAAUUGGCGGUGAGGGCAUCACCAACUAUCCUAUCGGCGUCGGCAUCAACACUCAUGGCGAGAUACUGAUAGCGGACAAUCAUAACAACUUCAAUCUAACCAUCUUCACGCAAGACGGUCAACUGGUCUCAGCUCUCGAGAGCAAGGUCAAGCACGCGCAGUGUUUUGAUGUAGCGUUAAUGGACGACGGCUCGGUAGUGCUCGCUAGCAAGGAUUACCGGCUGUAUAUAUACCGUUAUGUGCAGGUACCGCCGAUCGGCAUGUAGAGCAGCGACGCGUCACGACGACGACGAUGAUCGUCGUGCGCCAGUGUCAACAUUUGUCAUCGUAUCAUCAUUCUCGUUAUCAUCAUCAUCAUCGCCGCUCCGCAUCAUUGGACGGCCACACGGGAUCACCGCGAUCUCGUCGAUCUUUCCUUUCACCUACGCUCGCCUGUCUUGUCUUUUUCUACAUCCGCAUUUUAUCACCAACGCUUGCGCGCUCAAUUCCACCACUAUUGCCAUCACCUUUUUUUACUCGCCUCCAUCUACGAGACGUUUCACGAAUCGCCGACUAUUAGAGAAGGAGCGCACCAUACGCUCCGUAUACGCGAGGGUUCGACUCCCUCGAGUGAGUGUCGUUUACGCGGCAAGAAUGGAGUCUUCGAAGCGUUUCUCCUGUGGACUCCGCCAUACGGCAUCAUCGGACAUCAUCGACAUCAUCGAUGGUACGCGAGAAAGCAUAGCGCGCGCGUUUUCCUCGAUACUCUCUCCGCGUCUUCGCGAGCGGCGGCCCGUUUUGCUCGGACGAAAAGGAGGAGAGGCACGCGACGCUCUAUGUGUUAUCCUCGCGACAUCGAAUGUCGAGGAUCCGCAAGCAAAAGAGAGAAAGAGAGAGGACGUAAUCAACUUUGCUGCCCCGACAAAUUCGCGCGCGCUCCUUUCUUCGCGCGUACGCGCCGUAUAUACGCGUGCGCGUGCACGAUAACUUACUUGUUAAUGUUGUUAUAAUACUGAAAAUACUGUUGUUGUUGUUUAGUUGUAGAGCUCGCCGCCGCUAGUCACUUCCCCCUCCCCCCUCCUCUCCUCCUUCCUCUUCCCUUCGCGUCCGUUACCAAUCCUCCUUUCCUCUUCCUUUAUCCUGAACUAAUCACGAUCUUCUCUCUGAGAUCUUGUCCGAUAAUCAUACACAGAGAAGCGCGUUUCUAUUCGACGACACGGGCCGCAUGCAAACGUCACGCAUGCCUGAAUCGAACGCGCGUUUACACGUUUUUUCGUUUUGCUCUCUCCAACGUGAUGGUCGAUCAGCGUGUCAUUUCCGGUCAUCGCGAUUCGAAGCGUCCCCGUACAAAAGCUUGCGAGAAACAUUGUCGCACGAAAUAUUAUUGUUUCAUCAUUUAUUUUCCUGAGAGAUCCACUAAGGUCCACGCGAUAUUGUAACUGUUUGCACGGAUCUUAAUGGUCCUACGACAGGACGAACGAAACCCUCUGUUGAAUGGCUUGUAUGAUCUUAGACUCGUGAGCUGCAAGUUACUAACUCAUACACAUCAACUCGAACAGCGGUCUUUCGUUAAUUGGUUUCCCAAAUUGUUCGCGCGCUAUCUGAAUGGAUAAUUGGUUGACUUUAUUCAGAUAAAACAUCCAAUUGAUCCAUGCGACAUUGACAUGAUUGCGCCAAAUAGUUUGAGAAAUUAUUUAGACAUAUUAAUUAAUAGGAUGAAAUUUCAAUAUAACAUUUCAGUAUAGCGUUGACAGAUUUGGGUGACUGGAUCGUUGAAUCGUGUGCGGACGCGUAUUUAGAGCUUUGAGAUCAACGAUGAUUGAAUCGCCGCGAGAAUCGUAGAUUUCCAAAGCAAGACGUCUAAUACAUUUACGAACCGAUAGACCGAUCCGCUAUCCCUAUCAUCGAAUUAUCUCUUCGCGAUUAUUUUUGCAUCCGAAUUUUUUUUUUUUUUUGUUUUGUUUUUGUAUAAUGAUUAUCGACAAUUCCUACGGAAAUUCAUCCUGAGGUGCAUUUAAUAUUCAAUUAUGACAGCGAUGUCGUCGAACGGUCAUCGUGCACGUGUUUAUUUCUUCUCAAUUCAAUUUACUGUUAUUGAUUAGUUUUUUUUUUAUCUAGUUAAUUUCUAUCAUUUUUCUCUCCUGUGUUCUGUUAUUUUAUCGCAACGUCGAAUUUGAGCCGAUCUAUAUUAAAUACUUAAUCGUACGCACAGUUUUUCUAACUAGUUUUAUCACUGUAAGAUUCGCAUUGAUAAAUUUAGCGACUCACACUUUUAUUGCCAAGCGACAUUAUCUCAAUAUAUUUAAAAUAUUAUUCUUCGCGAAGAAUACGUAAAUAAUUUACCUGAGAAAGCAUUUUGGCAAAGUACGAAAUUCUGAUGUAAAUAAAUCGCUCAUAGAUUGACGGCGCAGAUAAAUUGACUAGAACAGAUAAAGAUUGUUUAAUUCUCACGGAGAGAUACGCGGGAAUCGUCGAGUGCUCGUAGAGACUAGAAUAGUAUUAGAGAGAUGAAGUUUUAAGAAAAGAAGAGCUGCACACAGCAUUUUGAGCGUUUCCGCUACGUACAAUUGACGGCAUUAAUUUGUCGAAAUUUAUUCUCGGCCCUUGUAGCAGAAAAUGUAGUAGCAAUCACGCAUGUUUAUCGUUUAUGUUUAUAACAUCAUCCUCGUCAAGGAACGAAAGCAUGCUUUCUCCAACUUCCCAUCCUUGAGCUCUUCUUUCUCUUCUUUUCUUUUUUUAUUUUAUUUUAUUUUAUUAUUUUUUUUCAUUAUCAUUAUUAGCCUAGUAGUAUCGUAGAGCGUAUAGUAGCUAUUAGUCAUUUUAGUAAGCGUGUAAGACUUUCCUUUUUUUCACUCUAUAUCUCGUUCUCUCGAUAAAUUAUCACAACUACACAUGGGACACAUUUCUGUUUUUCCCUGAUUUCCGCUUGUGUCGUUGCUGCUUUACGUUCUAGUAUUUCGAUAAAAACAUCAACGAGAUUAGAACCAAUAUCCUUCGACCCUUUUCCGACUGCCGCGCAACCGUUUUAGGUUGCGCAUCGGCAUCAUCGUUUAUUCUGCAACUUAUAGUAUUAAUAUAUUUUGUUGGAUAGAGAUAAAAAAAAAUCACGCCAAUCAUACACACACGUGGCAGUUCCCCAUAGUUCUUCGCCGCGCGGCUCCACGCACGUACAUGUUUGCUCUAUUAUUAUAUUAUAUUUUUAUUAAUAUUAUUGUAUUUUUUAUUAUUAUAUCAUUACUAUUAUUAACGCUUGUGUGUUGCGACUUUUGAUGUGACAUUUUCGAUUGUCGAUGUGAGACGUUAUUCAACAUCUUCCUUCCUCUCGUGGUGAGACACUGUGAAGGGAAAAAGGCUAGCUGGCAUAUAAUCCUAAUUUUAAAGCUAUUACUCGACUACGAGGCCUCGCGGAUUACAGAUCUUCUAUUACCGAGUAAAUAUCGUCGCUCGCGCAAACAUUCGGCGCAAUUCCGAAAGUUUCGGAAAGUCCUUUCAAGUCGAUCCAAAACUUUCGGACUUAGCGCUUAAUCAUCAUUCAUGAAAAUAGUUAUUAUAUCAAUCGGAAGAUAGAUUUUUUUAUGUGUAAAUAAGCGACUAAUUUAAUCAAAUUUUUUUUAAAGAUUGAUCUCCCAUUACUUUGAUCGUGCAACACUUGCUUUCGAUCAAGUUGUGGAUAUCGUUUCAACUUGAAAUAACAGAUUUUUAAAUUGAUUAGUAAAUAGGAAUAAAAGUAAAUAAUAUAAUGAUUUAUUAUAACAGUUGACCAUUCGUGAUUUGAUUAGACGAACAAUAAUUAAAAUGCGCGCGAACGUUUCUGCGCCUUUGAAUUCGAUUUCGAAGACGAUUGAUCGUAAUCGAAGAUCUUAGAAUAAUCUGUGGGCAUCGCUGUCUCGUGAUUACUUGAUUUGGUAGUCGAAAUUUGAAGCUCUGGUAUGAGCGGACAUUUGUGAGAUUAAAUUGAAAAUUUUUGUUUGACUUCAAUUAAUAAUUAAAGAUUUUGAUCUGAAGAUAUGAAAAUUUUCGAUCAACUAUUAAGCAUUUAUAAUGCACGAUCAAAGAGAUAAAUUGUGAUUCAAGCGUUUAGUACCUGGUAUAAAGAUUAAUAAAUUGCCA